AUGUAUACAAUAGCAGGGAUAGCCCUGCCGGCGAAAUAUGAUAAAAUAAAGGAAAUGAUUCAAGAUUCUAAAGAUGGCCAACAAAUAGUACGAAUCAUUGCUAGUCGAGGUAACAAUCUCGACGAAGUUGAAACGGCCGAUACGGAAACUGAGAAUUUUCUGGUAACUAUGCCCACAAUAUUCAGAAAAAACGUUUGGGUUAAACGAGGCGAUGUCAUUCUAGUGAAACCAAGCGAAGAGGGCGAUAAAGUUAAAGCAGAAAGUUGUAAGAUCUUAACAGCCGAACAUAUCAAGGAAUACAAUGCUGGCAUUUGGCCGGAAAGCUUUAAGAGGGACGAUAAUGUUCCGAAUGGACGUUGCGCAAGUAAUUAUGUGAAAGAAAGUUGCGAUGAAAACGUAGAGGACUUCGAAGAAAAAUUCAGUGAACCCUGUCAUUUCAUCUCCGAAUAG